GUUGAGUCGUCCCACUCGCUUCAACUGCGUCUACGACAAGUGGGGGUGACUGUGACGUCGUGGUACAACGGCUCGCCGCGUAUGCGCCGGGUCCAGAGGUCAAAUCUUGCUUAUGCGCACCGGCCGCGCCCACGCGUUCUUACUACUUUAAUUCUUAUUUGCUUAAUUGUACUAUAUUGUUAUAUUUAAAGUCAUUAUACGUAUUUACAUGUUAUACAGUCCACUAGUAUUAUUUACUCCACCUGCUGAGCUAUCGUCGCAUCAUAUGGUCCUUCUCCCAAGAAAAAUUGAACUGGACAAAGAAGACAAAGGACUUUGGAGGACAUCGUACACGUCACCGAGUGACUCAGUGAUUAUUAUCAAGUUUCUUCGCUGUGAACAUUGUUACGUCGUGAUAUAUCGGCACGGCUUGAGACUUUUCGGCCGUCUUAGCUGACGUCACCCAACUGACACGAGAAGAAACGGAAUUUGGGCUACUCAUCAUUCGUCAUCAUAACGGACAGCAAAUACACGUGUUCGGAUUGUCGUCGUGCAUUGAGAUAUCUGACAAGAAUACUCCUCGGCACAGUCAUCAUCAGUGGUUUGCACCGGAAAACAGCCGACAUGGAAGAGAUGGUGGACGACCCUAGCGAGCAAUAUGCGGAGCGUGAGGAGUUCGAAAAGCAGUACUACAGCUUGGUGGCUGCAGCACGUCAGCUGAUCAGCAAUGCUCGCAAGCAAGCUUCAGGGAACUCCAUAGCCGAGGUUGAUGUUUCUUGUUCUAAGCACACACACAAACAUAAUUCUAUCCGUUUGCCUAAAAUUGACCUUCCUAAGUUUUCCGGCAGCUAUCAUGAUUGGUUAGAGUUUAGAGACACUUUCAUUUCUAUAAUACACGAUAACGACAGCAUAGAUAACAUAAAUAAAUUACAUUAUCUUCGCGCCUCCUUAAAGGGUAGUGCUUCCUUGAUUAUUGACAAUCUUGACUUUAGAUCAGAUAACUACGACUCUGCCUGGAAGUUGCUCUGUGAUAGGUAUGAUAAUAAAAGGUUAUUAGUUAAUAACCACGUUCAAUCACUUUUUAAUGUGCAGUCCAUCAGCAAGGAAUCAAGUAAGUCACUAAGACAUAUUGUUGACACCACAAAUAAAAAUUUAAGAGCGUUAUCUACACUGGGUCAACCUGUUGAGUACUGGGACACACUGAUCAUUUAUAUAAUGACAUGUAAACUUGACCAGGUGACAAACCGAGAGUGGGAGGAGCAUAGGAACUCAUUGUCAGAACCUCCAACAUUGGCUGUAUUUAUUGAAUUCAUUCGUAACAGGGCUGAUUUAUUAGAAACGCUUGAGGAAUCCAAGUCAUUGUUUACUAAAGGCGAAGGUGUACAUGUCAACAAUAUUAAACAAAGUAAACAUUCUUCGGGUUCUAGUGAAACUUCUCGCAGUCCUUUAUCAUGUCCAAUGUGUCAAAAAGAUCACUUCAUUUUUCAAUGCGAUAAAUUCAAAAGCUUGCCUGUACAAUCACGUAUCAGUAAAGCUCAAACUUCCAAUGUAUGUUUAAAUUGUCUUCGACCAGGUCAUAAUAUUUAUAGAUGUAAAUUGGGUCACUGUAAGUAUUGUCGUGAGAAGCACAAUACAUUGUUGCACUUUGAUCGCGAUACCGUUGUUCCUAACCAACCGACUAGUACUUUAGCGUCUAUCAAUCACCUUUCUACAUCUCGAGUUGUCUUACUUUCCACAGCGCUGGUGAAUGUGUCGGAUGCUGAAGGCAACGUUCAUACUGCACGAAUCCUGCUGGAUAACGGGAGUACGACUAACCUUAUGUCACAGGAGUUGGCUCGUCAACUUAACAUUUCCACCUAUACAGUCGAGUCUAAGGUAACAGGCAUUAAUGAUCAAUCCUCUUAUUGUACACAAGGUUGUUCGAUUUCAUUAAAGUCAGUCAAUAGUGAAUAUGACAUCGAUAUUGAUUGCUAUGUCGUGUCCAAAAUUUUAUCGUGUGUACCAAAUACAUAUAUUGAUGUGCACAAUAUAAAUAUACCUACCAAUAUAGUCCUGGCUGACCCUCAGUUUUACGUUCCAUCUUCUAUAGAUAUUCUUGUAGGUGCUGAAGUCUUUUGGAACGUUUUAGGUACUAGCCGUAUAGACUUAGGUAAAUCCAUGCCUACUUUAUUUGAGUCCAAAUUGGGAUGGCUGUUAUCAGGAGUCAUCAAGCAAUCAAAUUCUUCUUCCCAUUUAUGUUUGCUGGCUGAUACUUUGCAGGCAGACUUAAAUUGUUUUUCUAAGCCAGACUCAGUUUCAGCAAAACAUACACUCACGCGCGAAGAGCGUUCUUGUGAGGAAUUAUCUUUGAAGUCCACUUACCGUGAUGCGGAUGGACGCUUCGUAAUUAGCAUACCACUUAAGGAAUCUCCUGACAUAUUAGGUGAUUCCUAUAACAUGGCUAAGCGCCGCUUAGCAUUACCCUACACAUUAGGGCUGAACUGGAGGUGCUCAUCAGAUACCUUUUCUUUCUCCAUGUCAAAUGCAACUUCCAGUAACAUUGCCACAAAACGUAAGAUUUUGUCUGUCAUUGCUCAGAUCUUUGAUUCUAUUGGCUUGGUCGUUCCUUGCAUUGUGGAAGCCAAGAUAAUCAUGCAGCAACUGUGGCUGGUAAAGUGUUCCUGGGAUGAGCCUGUUCCCGAACAUAUUCAGCAUCCAUGGGACAGCUUUCAAAAUAGCUUACCUUUUUUAAAUGAUUUUAGGAUACAUCGGUGGAUCACGUGUGAAUCAUCAUCUUCUAUGCAGUUGCAUGUGUUCACCGACGCAUCUGAAAGGGCGUAUGGUGCUUGUUUGCAUGUCCGCAGCGUAUCGCUUAGUGGUGAGGUUCAUGUACACCUUCUUACUGCUAAAAGCAAAUUAGCGCCGGUCAAAUCAACGACCAUCCCCCGACUCGAACUCUGUGCUACGUUGUUGGGUUCGAGAUUAUACAUAAAAGUACGUCAGUCACUUACACUACAUAUUGACGGCGUCUAUUUCUGGUUUGAUUCCACCAUAGUCUUGGGUUGGUUGUCCGCCUCACCCACGCAACUUAAGACCUUCGUUCGCCAUCGUGUCUCUGAAAUUCAGGAAACUGCGGAGGGUAGAACUUGGCGUUACGUUCCGUCACAAAAAAACCCCGCAGACCUCGCUUCGCGUGGACUCAGAGCAGAUAAGCUGCUUUCUUCUUCGCUAUGGUGGUCGGGACCACAAUUUUUAUUCAAGGAUUCAUCUACUUGGCCUCAAUUUCCUGAAUCGCAUCAACCCACUCAAAAUCUACCAGAAACAGUAACUUCUUCUUUUCUUCUUUUCAUACCUUCAAUCAUAACGACAACAUCAUUUCUAAAUUAUUUACAACAUUUAAUAAAAUACAACGUUUUACCGCAUACUUACUUUUCAUUAACAUUAAAAUUAAAAAACAAACAGUUUGUCCUGGUCCACUUACAUCUUAAGAGUUGAAUAGUGCAUUACACAUUAUAUUAAGAUUUUGCCAACAGGAGUCGUUUCCUUCGUGUUGGAGUUGUAACAAUUCCUUUUAUGAUUUCAAUAUAUUAAACUCUAUUCUUUAAGCAACUAAACAUAUUAUUUGUAAAUUCUUAUUUGACAUGUAUCACCUACGACUUUUACAUCUUUUACCGAAAUUGCUUCUUACAACACUUCGUCACCAUUCACCCAUCAUGAUAGCUGACCGUAGGGACUUAUCAAGUGCUUUACAUGUGUGUUUGUGUGUUUAGCCACGAGGGCCGUCCAUCUUGAACCUUUAUCCGGCUUUUCUGGCUGCCAUGAACCGCUUUAUUGCUCGUAGGGGGAAGCCAAGCAACAUUUUCUCAUGUCUAGCAUUGUCCGCAGUUAAGUCAACCAAACACCAUCUCAGACGCAUCCUUGUAUUAACGAAUUUAACUUUUGAAGAGAUGGUAACAUGUUUAAUUCAAGUAGAAGCUAUCUUAAAUUCCAGGCCCUUAACUCCACUUUCCGAUGACCUUUCCGACCUUAUUCCCUUGACGCCUGCCCACUUCCUUAUUGGACGAUCGCUCAUCUUGUUGCCUCACCCACAGGUCCAGAACGAUAACGUAAACAACUUGCAGCGGUUCCGUCGCAUCGAAUGUUUGAAGCAACAUUUUUGGCCACGCUUCUCACCUGAGUACAUUUUGUGGCUCCAACAACGAACCAAAUAGCUCAGAUCGUCAGGGGAACUUACAGAAGGAACCCUUGUCGUCAUUAGAGAUAAAAGCUCACCUCCUCUGUUAUGGCUUUUAGGACGGAUCGUUAAGGUGCUUCCUGCUAGAGACGGCAUUGCACGAGUCGCCGACAUCCGCACACGUAAGGGUGUCAUUCGGCGAGCGUUCAAUACAAUUUGCCCGUUACCCGUCGCCACUGCUGUUGAAGACACUUCAACGGGGGGAGUAUGUUGAGUCGUCCCACUCGCUUCAACUGCGUCUACGACAAGUGGGGGUGACUGUGACGUCGUGGUACAACGGCUCGCCGCGUAUGCGCCGGGUCCAGAGGUCAAAUCUUGCUUAUGCGCACCAGCCGCGCCCACGCGUUCUUACUACUUUAAUUCUUAUUUGCUUAAUUGUACUAUAUUGUUAUAUUUAAAGUCAUUAUACGUAUUUACAUGUUAUACA